GCUAACUCUGAGUGAGUCACAGCGCAGCGUUGAGUCAACGCGCGGUGUUAUCGAACCGUUUUACCGACUGAGGCUGCAGCUAUGAAGGACCUUACAAGGUUUUCUCUCUGGCUCACAGUUUUCACAGCUUGUCUGGUGUUCGGAGCGAGCGGUGACAUCUGUGAAGUUAACGUGUGUAGUAAUGGUGGAACCUGUGUGGCCCGACAAGGGGCCCCUUUCAUCUGUGUCUGUCCUGAUGGCUUCAAUGGAGACACCUGCAAUGAGACGGAGACUGGACCCUGCAAGCCCAACCCAUGCAAGAAUGACGCCAUUUGUGAGGUGACUGGCCAGACCCGCCGAGGCGAUGUCUUCAGUGAAUAUGUGUGCAGGUGCCAGCCUGGAUUUGAAGGCGUCCACUGCCAAAACAGUGUCAAAGAGCCUGCUUUAAGUACCAACAAAGAUGUGAACGACUGUGCUGGACAGCCAUGCCAGAACGGUGGCACCUGCAGGGACCUGGAAGGUGACUUCAAAUGCCACUGCCCCUCUCCUUAUGUGGGAAAACACUGUCAACUGCGCUGCAUUUCCCUGCUCGGCAUGGAAGGAGGGGGCAUUGCAGAGUCCCAGAUCUUGGCCUCAUCUGUUCGAUACAGCCUUCUGGGCCUGCAGCGAUGGGGCCCCGAGUUAGCCCGCCUUAAUCACAAGGGCCUGGUUAAUGCUUGGAGUGCAGCAGCACAUGACAGGACCCCAUGGAUAGAGAUCAACAUGCAGAGGAAGAUGCGAUUUACGGGUAUUGUAACACAAGGUGCCAGUCGUGUGGGAACAGCAGAGUUCAUCAAGGCCUUUAAAGUGGCUUCCAGCCUGGAUGGGAGGACAUACACUGUGUACAAAAAAGACGGAAAGAAAAGUGAACAUGUGUUUGUGGGAAAUGUGGACAACCAUAGCACCAAGACAAACCUGUUUGACCCUCCAAUCAUCGCACAGUACAUCCGGAUCAUCCCUGUGGUGUGUCGUAAAGUCUGCACCCUGCGUAUGGAGCUGGUGGGCUGUGAGCUCAAUGUGUAUUCAAAAACUUCAGGUUGUUCCGAGCCGAUGGGCAUGAAGUCUCGGCUGGUGUCUGACCGCCAGAUUACAGCCUCGAGCGCUUUCCGCACCUGGGGUAUCGAGGCCUUCACCUGGUACCCCCACUACGCUCGUCUGGACAAACAGGGGAAAACCAAUGCCUGGACUGCUGCCACCAAUAACCAGUCUGAGUGGCUGCAGGUGGACCUAGAGUCUCCAAAGAAGAUCACAGGAAUAAUCACACAGGGGGCCAAAGACUUUGGCUGCAUCCAGUUUGUUAUGGCCUUCAAAGUGGCCUCCAGUGAUGAUGGACAGUCGUGGACCAUCGUGAAAGAUGAGACCACCGGGCAAGACAAGAUCUUUCCAGGUAACAGUGACAAUAACGUCCACAAAAAGAACGUCUUUGAGCCCCCAAUCUAUGCACGCUUUGUCCGGAUCCUGCCAUGGGAGUGGCACGAGCGCAUAACCCUGCGGCUUGAGCUCCUGGGCUGUGAUGAGUAGCUCCACAUUGAACCCGACGGCGCCCUGUCCUCUCUCUACCUCCUCACCCCCACUCUUCUCUUCGCUGUUUCUCCUGAGCCAAACCUGCACUACCUUGCUCUCAGCCAAAGGGGGCAGCAAAUCACCACACCCAGGCUGGUUGGAGGUGGGAGAUGUUACCCCUAACCUCUGUUCCUGAACUGAUCACUUAAAAAAAAAAAAAAAAAAAAACAUUAAGGACAACUCUAUCUGACCCAGGGUCAGCUAUUCCACCCUCUGGUUAAAUGAAAGGUGAUACAUCGGCCACUGAGGUCAGGGGUAACAAGCCUGCUGCUGUAUCAGACUCUGAUCCUGGAUCAGUUCUUCCUGGGACACUGAACCUCCACACUCCUCAGCUGGUGACACGUGCACAACAUCCAUGACAACAGUUUGUACGGGUUCUACAACUUAAACGCGUUUUGUCUCAUGAAGAAAUGCAGCAUAUGUGACGAUACAGCGACAUGUUUACUUCAUCCUUCACCAAAAAUCCACACAUUUACCUGAAAACUCAACAUACUGGGCAAUAAUCAAACUUCUUAAAGAUUAUGACUUCAGUCGUAAACAGGGUGCUUAAUAUGCAUUAAAAAUUCACAAGCAACUUCGCCAUUGUUUUAAUGACACCAAAAAUACUCCAAGUAUGUCACUGUGUGCUAUAGUUUUAAUAUUUACCUGCUGUGGUUUUGGCAGUAAAACUGUUCUGUUCAGGAUUCCUUUUGUAUAUGCUGGAUGUUUGACUUAUUUGAAGAUGGUGACAUAGAAUUAAUUCGUUACAGACGAGAACACGGUACAGUUUGUGCAAAAAAGAAAAAAACAAAAAAACUGAAUCUACAUAUGAGUAUUCUGUAAAUGCUGAGCAGAUUUAGGCCAAAUCAGAGGAACACUGGCACUCUCUGAUUUUUUUUGAUCCUGUGGGUUUAUUCGGGGAACAAACACAAAGAAGGUGUUUUGAUUGUUUACAAAUAACAAAAUAAGCUAUCAGUAAUGUUACUUCACCAUCAUUUUAAGCACCACAAAUGUUGCAUCAACAAUGGAGGCAACGCCCUCAUGAGGAGACUCCAAGAUGCACACACAUUCUCGAUUGGGGGGGGGGGGGGGGGGGGGGGGGAUCAAAAAAAAAACUAGCCUCAUACAAGAAAGAAAAAAACUGUUUAUUCCAACUUUAAGGAAAUUGUCAUGAAGAAACAGGACUUUAAACCAAGAAGAGUGAAGAUUUAUGUUUUAAAAAAGCUUCAAUUAUUUAGUUGUACAUUAUCAGCUACAUUUUUAAAAACAAACCCACAACAGUGAUAUUGCAGUAUUCGUUUGUAGUUUCCUGCUAUUAUUCCAGUCAUGUUGCAAGAGUUGUACGGUGGGUUAGUGUUGUGCUCAGUCUUGUCUGUUAUUCAGUUUAUAGUAGGAUGACUUUUGGACAGAAACGGCUGUAGAAUUGCUUUGAGUGUAAAAACCACCUCAUAUCGCAGUAAUUAAAAUUUUCUAAUUUCUUACGGGUUCCUGCUAAAAUAUAGGUGAUUUGUUAAUUAUUUGGAUUGCACUGUACGCUGAUAGAACAAGUGUCAAGGAGAUGUCAAAAUAAAGGUGGUUAAAUGUCUCUGGUCGAAGCAAAUCUGAUGCUACUGAAGCGUUUAGCAGUAACUCGCACUCUCUCAGCCGCGCUUAUACUUUUAUUCUUUCUGUCACUUAAAGUUUUGGUGUUUGUUAGUGUUGGGAAUUGAAAAGAGAUCAUUUUAAAGCUUUGUGCGUCGAAGAGCAAAUGGAAAACAUGACAAAGAAAUAUGGACUUUUUUCUAUUUAGAAACCCGUCUUUCAGAGUGGUGCAUCCCUAGCGAGUGAGGGUUUUUUUUUUUUUAAUGAGAAGUGUUGGUCUGGAUUUGGUUCCAGGAUUAUGCGGUCUAAAUGUGCGACCUCACCGAUAAGGCUCCAGGAGGGUAACCAUAUUAAAGCUGAUUGUUACGGUUGCACUGGACAUGUGACACGAGCCGUCUGCAUCAUCUGCUCCUGCUGCCCCGCUCUGUGUCUAAAGCUUUCACCCCAUGAAUAAUGAAUUAUGGGCUUGUGCAAUAUAUGAGUUUUGGUUUAAUAAGAGUAAAUCAUCAGCAUUGGGGUUUGUUUAAAAAUGCAUGGGGGCCAGCAGCACCGCUGAGGGGGUAAGAGAUGGAUGUCAUAUUUAUUAUUGAUUCCUGAAACGGCUGCCCUUGUUAUCCUGCACGUGUUUUAUUGACAAGUGAUGCUCACUUUAACUUAAAUUGAUUAGAAUUUCUUAGUAUUAGGUUUUUGGUGUUUAUCAGCAUUAAAGUUAUUGUAAAUAUUUUCCCACCAUUCAGGUAUUUUAUGUUCAAGCUGUUGAUGGCAUUGGUGUCUUUUAUGAAGUUGAGGUUUUUCUUGGACUUCACAGAAUGUUUGACUGGAUUUGAAGGGUGUUUACUAUUUUUUUUUUUUUAUUAUUAUUCCAGUAAUGUUUCUAAGAGUAUUCCUUCAUGUUUGGCCUUUGUAUCCUAAAAGGAAGCCUAAAUAAAGAAAAAGUAAACACUU